UUUGUUUUUCUGGGCCAAGAUGAGGAGCAUCUCCUCCAUCGUCCUCCUGCUGCUGCUGCUGCCGCCGCUGGCCUCCCAGACCCCCAUCCGCUCGCCCCAGUCACUGCUUGAGAUGCUCGGAGAGGACCUGGCCCGCCUGGUCUCUGACAUCGAAGGGGACCCCUCCUCGCUCCCCCAGGACUCCCUGGCCCAGCUCCUUGGCAAGCCACAUCCUCUUCUGUCCCGGGACAUGCCUGGGCCCUCGGGGCCACCCCCGGACCGUGCCUGGGCCCUCCUCUUCCAUGACCUCCUCAAUGCCCGGAAGAAAUUUCGGGGCCGCUCUAAGAAGAUCCUGGCCCCACAAGGCUGCUUCGGGAUCAAACUGGACCGGAUCGGGACCCUCAGCGGCCUCGGCUGCUAACGGUUUCUGGACAUUGACGAAGCCCGUCUGGGGCUGAAGAAGACACCCCCAACCCCCCAGGACAAAAGCACCCUCAUGUGCUUGCAAGGACCUCGCUGGGCUUCCUGCCUCUUUGGGUGACCCUCUUCACGUCCCCCUUCUUUGGGCCUUGGAGACAUGGGGGGCGGGGGUAACCUUUUCCAUCUGCUUGCUUGC